AUGUUUGGAUUGGCCAUCCCCCGAUUGUCAUUAACUUGGUCCGCUUCAGGUGUCCAUAUCGAAUACGCUCAAGUUGAGGGUAGAGCUCAUAUUGAGCGAAUGUCGACACGUGCACGGCACCCGCAAGUUGCUGGCCCCAACGCACACAGAAAGACGUUCCUCCGUAUCGUUGGCCCCAUUGGUCUAGACAACCAUGUUUUGCACCGUAGACACAACCUAGCAGUUCCAAUACUCAAUGUUCAACAGACCCUUGGGAUUUAA